AUGCAGUUCUCUCUCGCCGUCGCCGCCUCCGUGCUGGCCUUGACCACCUCCGCGGCUCCCACCGUCCAGACCCGCGACAUCGCCUCUGGCACCGACCAGAACGGCUCCAUCUUCAUGUUCGGCGACCCAGCCGGCCCCCGCCAGCUGCUCUUCCAAUUCGGCGCCUGCGGCCUCAGCACCUACUUUGCCAACCAGGUCGACCCCAGCAUGCCCUUGGUCGCCAUGCCCGCCGGCGUCUUUGACCAGUUUGGCGCCGCUCAGAACAACGCCCUCUGCGCAAAGGUCAUCACCAUGACCAACAACGGCGUCACUCGCCAGGCUGUUGUUGCGGACCGCAAUCUCAGCGUUGACAACUCCAUCGAUAUGACGCUUGAUCUGUGGGAGGCUUUUGGUGGACACGACAACGACGGAACGCUGAUCCGUGGCUUCAGCUGGUCUAUCAACUAA